UCACAUUUCUCCAAGAUUUCGCAGGUUAUCGACCUCCCGGAUUUGGUUUCUGCGGCUUCCGUCAAAGACCCCCAGUAAAGAGCUGUAGUGAAGACAGUGGAACUGCUCCUAAUUGAUAUAAUUGGGUUGUUAGAAAAGAAAAAAGUGGGGUGAAUUACUUGAGGACUUGUUGGCUCCAUUCUUCUUUCUUUGCGCGGGUUCCCAGCGCCGCUGUUUUGCGCACCUGAGAGCGCAGCCGCUCCGCCACAGCAGCAUGACCUCGGCGCAGCCGUGAUCCGUUAUGGUUCUCUAUCAUGGUGACAUUACUUGUGGGGGGAGAAACCUGCAGCAGCAGCGGACCUCGGACCUGGCCGGAGUCCAGGUGUCAUCAGCAGGGGGGAGCCGACGCGGCCGUGCGGGACAGGCUGUCGGAGUUUGACGGAGCGCGGGAGUCUGGGAUGCGACAGCAACUUUAGAGAGACAUUCUCCCGCUUCUCCGACCAGGGCUGCACGCCGGCUGCACACACAGUCAUGGCCUCUCAGGUGGUGUGCGGGCUGAUAUUCAGGCUGCUCCUGCCGAUGUGUCUCUCAGCCGCUUGCCUUUUCAGGUACAACGUCCUGUCCUUCGUCUACCUCAUCUAUCUCCUGCUCAUUCCACUCUUCCCAGAGCCAACAAGCACAACAAUGCAAGGCCACACAGGCCGUCUGCUGCAGUCCCUCUGCUUCACCAGUAUGUCCUUCCUGCUGCUCCACAUCAUCUAUCAGAUUACUGUCAACAGCCUUCUGGCCGGGAACUCCAUCUCCUCCAACUUCAGCUGUUCACCCUGGGAGAGAUCCAUACGACAGAUAGGCUUUGAGAGCGUGAUCGGCGCGGAUGCGGGGAACGGGAUCCGAGUGUUCAUCCCUGACAUCGGCAUGUUCAUGGCGGGCUUGGCCAUCUGGCUUCUGUGUCGCACUCUGGUCCAGAAGAGGCCGCCUGAGGACAUGGCCCAGUACAACGCAGACUUUGAUGCGGAGGAACAAGAUGAAGAGGAGAAACCGAGCCUAGAUGACGACGACGACCUGCUGGAGGAGGAGCUGGAAGCAGGGUACGAGGCCGAGGAGGACGAGGACAAUGAGUAUCUGUAUGACAGAGAGGAGGAGGAACUGGAAGAGGAGGAGGAAGAAGAAGUGAAAGAGAGCACAAAGAGGAAGAUUCUGCGUCUGGUGGCGGAAGUUGCUUCCAAAUUAAAGGAGAUCAUUGGAAACCUGAUCACGACCGCAGGGAAAGUGGUGGUCACCAUCCUGCUGGGAAUGACAGGCAUCAUUCUGCCUUCUUUGACGUCGUUCGUCUAUUUCUCCAUCUUCCUCUUCCUGUGCACCUGGUGGUCCCUCUGCCGGACCUUCAACACCCUCAUCUUCAGCUGCAUGUGCGUUCUGAUGGCCAUUUACAGCGCCGGACACAUCAUCGUGCUCUACCUGUACCAGUUCCAGUUCUUUCAGGAGUCCGUCUCGCCUCAGGACGAAUACAUCCGUGUGUUUGGCAUCUCCCCCAUAGUUCAGAGCAACUGCAGCUGCACAUGGAAGCUAAGUGUGCACAGCGAUCGUAAGUGGUACCACUUUGUCAGCCCCAUCAUGCUGCUGGUUCUCUAUUACACCUUGGCCACGCUCAUCCGCCUUUGGCUGCAGGAGCCCAUCGACCAUUUGAUGGACGACAAGGAGGAGGACAUGUGCGAGGAGGAACAGUGCGACAACAAAACCAAUAACUCUGCCAACAGGAAGAGGCUGCUUUGGUGGGGGUCACGCAAGGGCACCGAUGAGAAAAAUCUCCUCUCCACCCAGGAUGGCAUCAGUACGACUGAGAAUGGGCCUACCUCAAAUGGGACGUCCCUCGACUUCAUGGCGACAGAGAAUGGACCGCCCUGUCUGAACUUCUACUCCACCCCUCAGUAUAAAAUGGACCAGCCCGGUGACAGCACAGAGAAGAAGGAGGAGUGCGUCUACGAAGUGUCUCUACCUCCAGAGGAUUCAGCAGCAAAGGAGACUGAGGAUGAAGAGAAUGACAUAAAGAAGAAAGGAGUCGGAGCCAUGGUGAAAGUCUUCCACUUUGUCAUGAAACAAAGCUACAUCUGUGCUCUGAUAGCCAUGAUGGCUUGGAGCAUCACCUACGUCAGCUGGCUGACAUUCGUCUUCCUCAUGUGGUCGUGCAUUCUGUGGAUGGUGAGGGACCGGAGGCGCUACGCCAUGAUGUCCUCCCCUUUCAUGGUGGCUUACGGAAACCUGAUCAUCGUGCUGCAGUACUUCUGGAGUUUUGAGAGAGCUAAACCAGUGGCAGGGUUCUUCGUGGAGAAGAAGAACCCGUUCCACUCACUCUCAUCCAAGAUGUUGUGUAUGCUGAGUUUCUGGCUGCUGCUGAGACAAACGCUUACAGAGAGACAGGAAAAACAAAAAGAGGAGAGCGCCGGUCUCUCAGACGUUCAUGUGGAGGAUCAGAAGAAGAAGGAGGAAGAGGAAUCCAAGGAGGAAGAGGAGCAGGACAUCAUGCAUGUCUUUGGAAGCAUGGUGAUGGCUGUGCUGGUCAAAUACUGGAUCUACAUCUGUGGCGGCAUGUUCUUCUUCGUCAGCUUUGAGGGAAACAUUGUCAUGUACAAGAUCAUCUACAUGAUGAUGUUCCUCUCCUGUGUGGCGCUCUACCAGGUGCACUUUGAGUACUGGAGAAGGAUCCUCAAGUACUUCUGGAUGUCAGUGGUGAUUUACACCAUGCUGGUCCUCACUGUGGUCUACACCUUCCAGUUUGACGGGUCUAAAGACUUCUGGUCAGGAAUGCUGAAUGUGAAGAAUGAAAGCCUGAAUGACCUGGGCUUGGAGCAGUUCUCUGUGUCCACGCUGUUCACCAGGAUUUUCAUUCCCACCUCCUUCCUGCUGGUCUGCAUUCUCCACCUGCACUACUUCCAUGAUCAUUUCCUCCAGCUCACUGAUCUCCAGGCUGUAAUAGCUAAAGAGCAGAGCACCAUUUACAGGCUGGUGGACCAGGAUGGCAGCCUACCGGACCUCACAAUGCUUAGCGCCAGCUCUGUGGAAGGAGUCCUGUCUGAAGUCAGGCACCUCCAGGAGGAGCAGAGGAGCUGGUGCUCAGACAAAGAGAAGGAGACCCUGGUAGUGGUGAUGGAUGACCCUGACAUGAACAUGACUGAGGACAAGCCUAAAGUCUUCCCUGACCAGCGUCAAUCCAGCACAGAUGAGAGUCAGCACUAUAGUGCUGGGUCUGAACCAGAACCGAGCACCGAGCAGAGCUCAGACCUGAAGAGUAAAUGGCACCUGGUGGUUGACCGUCUGACUGUACUCUUCCUCAAGUUUCUUGAGUAUUUCCAUAAGCUGCAGUUGUUCAUUUGGUGGUUACUGGAGAUCCACAUCAUCAAGAUUGUAUCCUGCUACAUUAUUCUAUUGACUCUCUAUGAGGUGUCUUUGCUCAACUUUGUGUUUCUGGUGUGCUGGGCCUUCGCGCUGCCUUACAGCCAGUACCGACCUCUAGCCUCCAGCAUUUGCACUGUCUGGACAUGUGUCAUCAUUGUGUGCAAAAUGCUUUACCAACUGAAGACUAUAAACCCUCCACCGUUCGACUGCUCUUAUGUAGAACAAUCAGGAAAAUACACUGGUGAUAGAGUGAGUGAGGUAAAAGAGUCUCUUUUAUAUAAAAUACCGGGGGAUCCAGGCAACUGGUGGGGCCUGAAGAAAACUGAGGACCUGCUGGGCUACCUCAGGAAUAACCUCUUGAUGCUGGCUUUGUUGGCAUUUGAGGUUACUAUCUACCGCCAUCAGCUGUACUUCAGACUAAGGAACAAGCUGUCGCCUCCUGCUGCACCAAUCAUCUUCCAUGACAUCACUCGCCAGCAUCUGGACAUGGGCAUUACCUACUUCAUCAAAUACUUCAUCAACUAUUUCUUCUAUAAGUUUGGACUUGAGACAUGCCUUCUGUUGGUGGUCAAUGUGAUUGGGCAGCGUAUGGACUUCUACGCCAUGCUUCACGCCUUUGCUUUGAUCGCUGUCAUGUAUCGACGCAGAAGGAAAGCUAUUGCAGAGAUUUGGUCCAAGUACUGCUUCUUCCUGGCUUGUAUGCUGACUUUCCAGUACUUUGUGUGCAUCGGGAUCCCACCUGCAGCCUGUAAAGACUAUCCCUGGAGCUUCACCACAGACUCCAACGUGAUCAAGUGGCUCUACAUCCCCGAUUUCUACAAGAAGCCUGAUCCGCUGUUUCUCAUCUACGACUUCAUGUUGCUGCUCUGUGCCUCGAUGCAGAGGCAGGUCUUUGAGGACGAGAACAAGGCGGCGGUCCGCCUCAUAGCUGGCGAUAAUGUGGAGAUCUGCAGAGACUUGGAUGCAGCCUCCUUCAGUGUUCACAACCCCGUGCCCGACUUCAUCCACUGCAGAUCCUACCUGGACAUGCUGAAGGUCAUCAUGUUCAGCUACUUGUUCUGGUUUGUCCUCACCAUCAUCUUCAUCACUGGAACAACACGGAUCAGCAUCUUCUGCAUGGGCUACCUGGUGGCCUGUUUCUACUUCCUGCUGUUUGGGGGCGAGCUACUUUUGAAGCCGAUCAAAAAAAUCCUCCACUACUGGGACUUCCUGAUCGCAUACAACAUCUUUGUCAUCACUAUGAAGAACAUUUUAUCAAUCCUGGCUUGUGGCUACAUCGACUCUCUGAUGGAGAAUAACUGCUGGCUGAUCCAGCUCUUCAGUCUGUCAUGCACCAUCAAGGGUUACGUCAUAAAGCUUGCUUCUUCAGAUACCUGCGACAUUCCCAAGAAUGAGGCGGGAAUCAUCUGGGACAGCAUCUGCUUCGCCUUCCUGCUGCUGCAGAGGCGGGUCUUUAUGAGCUACUACUUUCUUCACGUGGUGGCAGACAUUCGAGCUUCGCAGGUCCUCGCCUCCAGAGGGGCAGAGCUGUUCCAGGCCACCAUAGUGAAGGCAGUAAAAGCCCGACUGGAGGAGGAGCACAAGUCUGUGGAGCAGCUUAAGAGACAGAUGGAGCGCAUUAAAGUGAGGCAGCAAAAGUUUAAGCGAGGGAAGGAUAAGAUCCUGAGCCUGGCCCAGGAGUCUGCAGAGGGUCAGCCUGUCGUCCAGCCUGAGGAGGAUGACGAUGAUGGAGCACAGCGAACGAAAGCCAAGCCCAAAAAAAAGCAGUGGUGGAGGCCGUGGGUUGAUCAUGCUUCCAUGGUUAGGAGUGGAGACUACUACCUAUUUGAAACUGACAGCGGCGAGGAAGAGGAGGAGGAGGAGAAAAAAGAGGAGGAAACACCUAAGAAGUCCGCAUUUCAGCGAGCGAUUGCAAAGUUUGUCACAGCUGUUCUGGCUUUACCAAAGUCUGUCAUUAAGCUCCCUAAAACUGUACUGCAGUAUCUGAUCAAAGCAGGAAAGUUUCUGUAUCAGGCCUGGAUCACUGACCCCAAAGCUGCUCUGAAGGCUCGCAGCAAAGACAAACGCAAGUUCUGGAAAAAAUACACCAGAAGAGUCAGACAAAAGAAAAACAAGCAAAAACCGGGUCAUGUGGCCAUAGAGGUGGGAGAGCUGUCUGAUGGGCAAGAAAAAGAAGAGGAGAACAAGAAGCCGGAUCGGCCAGACAACAUCAUCAAAAGAGUUUUUAACAUCAUCAAGUUCACCUGGGUGCUCUUCCAAACCACGGUGGAGAGCUUCACCAAGUGGAUGAACGACAUGUGCAGGGAGUACAUCGACAUCUCCACGGUGCUGCGCAUUGAGCGCUGCAUGCUGACGCGGGAGGUUAAAAAGGGCAACGUGCCGUCCAGAGAGAGCAUCCACGUCUACUACAAGAAGGCCAUGAGGCUGAACAUGUCCAGGCAGGCCAGCCUGGAUAUGCUCAGCGACGACGAGCUUCCCUCUGGAUCCACAAAAGCACGUAAGAGGCGUGGAGGAGGCUAUCGCAUGGAGAGCCAGGACUCCACGGCCUCCAGAGACAGCAUGUCCAGCGCCUUCACUGAGGCCACCACCCUGUUCUCCCGUCAGUCCACCCUGGAGGACAUAGACGGGCCUCUGGAGAGAAUUCCCAAAACCAGCGAGCGUGCAAGGCCCACGCUGAAAAAAAUGAGCAGGCUGGACACGUCCAAUUCGUCAUUGGACAGCGGCAGCUUCAUAUCCAGUGAAGCAACCCAGUGCCUGGUUCUCUCCUCCAGACAAGGCACCGCAGACACCAUAGAAGAAGAGGGCAACGAGCAGGAGCUCAGCAAGAACAAGAAACAGGUUUCCUUUGAGGCACAAGAGUUUGACGAGAGUCCCAGUGCCGAGGGGGAACCAGCGAGUGAGGGACAGCCCAUACAGACCGAGGAGCAGGAGGCAGCAAAGGAAGAGGAGGAAGAAGGGCAGGAAGACUUUGUGGGUGAGGAAGAGCUGCAGGAGCAAGAGGUUCCUCUGGAUGAGGAAGAGGUUCCUCUGGAUAAGGAAGUGAUUCCUCUGGAUAAGGAAGACGAGAAGGCUGCAUGGGAGUCCUUCAGCCCAGAUGAGGGUCCUUCCACAAAGCUGGAGGAGAAGGAUCAAGAAGAGGAGGCAGGUUCUGCCCCUUCUGGACGAGAGAACGUCUUCAUCAGUGAUAGUGACGACGGAGGCAGACAGCACGACUUCAUGGAGACGGAGGGUCAGGAAGUCGUCCUUUACACCCCGGAUACAGAUGCCUCCAAAACCUCUGACAUUGACGUACCUCCCAGCUACAGCAAGGCGGUCAGCUUUGACCGCCUGGAUGUCAGUGACGAUGAAAGUGACACGUACAGGAAGAGGCGCCUGUUGAUGACCUCAGACAGCCGCUCUGACAGCAGAUCAGACAUCAUGCUACCAUCCAUGACCACGGAGCUGACAGCCAGUGAGCUGCUGCUCAAUAAGAUGUUCUAUGAUGAGGAGCUGGAGCAGUCGGAUCAUUUCUACCAAAACCAGCCUCUGAUCCUGCAGUUCAGCUACGCUCUUUAUAACAUGCUGGUGGCGCACUCUGAGUUUGUGUGCUACCUGGUCAUCAUCAUUAACCACAUGGUGUCGGCCUCAUGUGUAAGUCUGGUGCUUCCCGUCACCAUCUUCCUGUGGGCCAUGCUGUCGGUGCCGCGGCCCAGCAAGCGCUACUGGAUGACUGCUAUCGUCUACACUGAGGUCACCAUCGUCAUAAAGUACUUCUGCCAGUUUGGCUUCUUCCCCCACAGCAAGAACUACAGACUAUAUAAAAAUGCUCCUUACUAUCCUGCCAACAUCAUCGGGGUGGAGAAAAAAGAUGGCUAUGUCCUCUAUGACCUGGUCCAAUUACUGGCUCUGUUCUUCCACAGGUCGAUCCUGAAGUGCCACGGUCUAUGGGAUGAAGAUGACCCCAAAGAGAGGAAGGAAGCCGCUCGACAAAGUGAAUCUGAGUAUGAGGAGAAAGAGAAGUCUGUGAGGGAGAAAGAGUCUGAACCUUCUUCACCCCUAUCGCAUAAGAGGAGAAGCUCCACUAACACCAUGAAGUCCUUCAACUCUGGGACCUCCAUGGAGUCGGAAACCUUUCAGGUGCACUGUCAGCAGCAACAUACCUACCAGAGGCGCAAGAGCUCCAGUGGAGGUUCCCAUGUUUCCUACCGAUCUCACCCGUCCUCUGCAAGGUCCAAGAGAGGAAGUACCACUUCCCACAAUAGCAGCCACAAGGAGGGCAGCCAGGCCAGUGUCCAUCAGAAGACCCGUAAACAGAUGAUCUUAGAGAAGCUGAGGGAGCAGCUCUUCAAGGCCAAAGCUUUUACUAUAAAGCGGUUUCUGGAGAUUUACCUUCCCAUGAAGCAGUUCUUCUAUAACCUGAUCCAUCCAGAGUACAGUGCUGUCACAGACGUCUACGUGCUGAUGUUCCUCGCUGACACGGUUGACUUUAUCAUCAUUGUCUUCGGGUUCUGGGCAUUUGGUAAACACUCAACAGCAGACAUUACCUCAUCUCUAUCAGAAGAUCAGGUUCCUGGACCCUUCCUGGUCAUGGUUCUGAUCCAGUUUGGCACCAUGGUGGUGGACCGGGCCCUGUAUCUCAGAAAGACCGUACUGGGCAAGGUCAUCUUCCAGGUCCUCCUGGUCUUUGGGAUCCACUUUUGGAUGUUCUUCAUCCUUCCAAUCAUCACAGAAAAGCGUUUCAACGAAAACACUGUGGCUCAGAUGUGGUAUUUUGUCAAGUGCAUCUACUUUGGGCUGUCAGCCUAUCAGAUCCGCUGCGGUUAUCCCACCCGUGUUCUGGGGAACUUCCUUACCAAGAGCUACAAUUAUGUCAACCUGUUUCUGUUUCAAGGUUUUCGCCUGGUUCCUUUCCUGACGGAGCUGCGUGCGGUGAUGGACUGGGUUUGGACCGACACAUCGCUGUCUCUGUCCAGCUGGAUCUGUGUGGAGGACAUCUACGCUCACAUCUUCAUCCUCAAAUGCUGGAGGGAGUCUGAGAAGAGAUAUCCUCAGCCACGAGGACAGAAGAAGAAGAAAGUGGUGAAGUAUGGCAUGGGAGGAAUGAUUGUGGUCCUGCUGAUCUGCAUCGUCUGGUUUCCACUCCUCUUCAUGUCGCUUGUAAAAUCUGUAGCCGGGGUUGUUAACGCUCCGUUGGAUGUGUCUGUCACAAUCACGCUAGCCGGCUUUCAGCCCAUCUUCACCAUGAGCGCGCAGCAGAAACAGCUGUGGAAUGUGACCAAGGCAGAGUUUGAAAAAUUCAAAACCGACCUCUCCCACAAACUGGAAGAUGAAUCGGAAAAAACGACAGCCAUUCAGUGGCUGGAGAACUACACUCCAGAGGAUCUGAUCAUCGCUGAGCUGAAAGGCAGCUCCAACUCACUGUGGACCAUCAGCCCCCCCAGCAGAGACAACCUGAUAGACAUGCUGAGAUCCCAAGAAGAAUUCUCCAUCACUGUGUCCUGGUCUAUUCAAAGAAAUCUCAGUCUUGGUGCGGAAGCUGAGAGUGCGUAUGGAAAAAACGUGAUGGUCUUAAACCAAGAAACAAAGCAGAAUCUCAUACUGCUUCUAAAUGGAGCAGCAGAUGCUGCCAACACUCAAGUGACCUUAACAAAACUCAUUCCUCGCUACAUUCGUGCCCCCAGCAAGUCAGACGCCACAUCUGUGGAACAACUGGGUAACAAAAUGAUUGACAUCCACCUGACCAUGCAGCGAGCUCAGAAUGACUCGGGUCAGGCGCAGGAGUGGUGGAUCGUAAACCAGACAGAGCAGAGCAUCAUUCCCAAGAUUGGCCGGAAACACGAGGCAGGCCUGGAGAUCUACGUGUUCAGCGACCAAGUCAGCCCGCCCAGUUUGGGCUUUCUGGCUGGAUACGGCAUCAUGGGUCUGUAUGCCUCUGUUGUCCUGGUCAUCGGAAAGUUUGUGCGCGAGUUCUUCAGCGGCAUCUCCCACAAAAUCAUGUUUGAGGAGCUGCCCAACGUGGACCGCAUACUGAAGCUCUGCACGGACAUUUUCCUGGUCCGAGAGACGGGGGAGCUGGACCUGGAGGAGGACAUGUACUCCAAACUCAUCUUCCUCUAUCGCUCACCAGAGACUAUGAUCAAGUGGACGCGGGAAAAAACUCAGUGAAGGCAGGACAUUCAUGAAUAGCUUGAUAUAUGCGGUCGUUUUGAUGGUCUGAGCCUUUCUGUAGAGGAAGAGGACAGAGGACUAAGGUUGUCCUCGGCAGAGCUCAGAGUCAGUGUUACAGUGUUAACUCCUCAAGAAGGAACAAUCCUUUGAGUUUAAACCUGUUUUUUGUUUUUUACCAGUAAAAGACCGUCUGGUUUUGAAACUUUUGCACAACUGUGCAGUUGCUUUAUUUAUCUGGCAAGAGUUUGGUCUCAGGAGGUUAGAAAAAAAGCAGAUUUUGUGCAGUUGGAGAUCUGAUUUUACAAAGAAGUCCUUUCCCUGUCAGAGGGCAGAUGUCUGCUCCUCCUUAGUGCUCAUCACGCCUGCCUCUUACAUGUUUACAGUGGUGUGGUAGGUGGUGAGGUAAAGAGCGGCCGCAGUUUCACCCCCCAAGGGCUUUGCCGUGACAAACGCAAGAACACGAGCACAAUCUAAGAGUUUCUCAAACUGGAACGCUCGGGACGGUGCAAUACUCCGAGGUUUUGACGGAUGGGAGCAGAGCAAAGGACUUUUGUGACCAAGAAACAAUAACGCAAAAACAACUUUUUUUUUUUUUCUAAAUGUCAGACGCAUCGGAAGAUUGAAAACAAUCGUCAAUAAACUUUGCCUUACUUUGUUAAUAUGAGAACUAAAAGUCAAGGAUUACACAACUUUCUCAGGAAGAGCUGUUUUGACAAAUACUCCAAGUAUGUGCUGUAUGUUACCUGUGUAGACUUCAAAAGACUUUAAAGAAUAUGAGAUGGAAGAAAAAAACGAGAACUACUACAAUGGCAUGAUUUUUAUUGUUCAGGUGGACAGGUAGAUUUGCUGCACAGAGACAGAAAUAAGGUUUUCCCUGCAGAGAAAAACAUCAUCCAACAUCUCAGUCAACCUACAGGCUGGAUAGAGGUGCGACCAGCAAUGUGCAUGGAGUGGUAGCCUCAUCCACUUCACCUGACCUCGCUGUUUUUACCAUCUUCACACACACACACCCCUGAAACUGUGCAUUCAGUCAUGAAGGAAGAACACAGACCCAGGAAGGGCGGGAACAUGGAGCCCUUUGGUCCAAACUAUGCAUCAGAAGACAUUGAAGCAUGAGUGAUAAACCACAUUAUUGCCAUGAUUUACUUUCACCUCAUGUAUAUAGGGGGUUACACUGAGGGUAUCUUUGGUAGAAGUUUGAAAUGUGAAUUGUUUCUGUCUGUUAUGGCAAACUGGUAUAACGGAGUUGCAGGGAAGUGCAAAUAAAGAGUCUGAAAAAGG